UCACACAUUUACCGCACAAGGAAGAACAAAUCAAAUGUACAGGUUACAGGUGUUAUAUUUAGAACAUUCGUAUUUACUAUUUUAUAUAAAAAGCAUUUACACGUAGUAUAACAUUUUAUGGAAUAAGAGAUCUUUGUGAAACUGGUAUUUAUAAUGAGUGAUGAAGAUGGUAAACAAAGUAUUCGACCGAGAAAACAGAGACAUGCUUUCUACAAAGUCUCAACUGGAUUAUCGGUUGAUAAAGUAAUGGAGGAAUUUGGUAUUUCUGAACCUAUAAGAGAAACACUUGGUAAACUGCUAAGACAAAUUGCAUCAAAUAACGUAAUAUGUAAGACAUACGCUGAUGUCUCAACUCAGACAUCAUUCGAUGAUAUGCCAGGAGAAAUUGACACAGUAGAACCGUCAGUUGAACGUGGCAUGGAUGACACAAAAGUUAAAGUACCGUACGAAGAUUGUCAUGUUAUAGAUGAAAAAAACAUUGACAAGGAAAGUCCUUAUGAUAACGUCGCAUUUAAAACUCCAAUGAACACAGACUAUGGUAACUAUUCACUACAGAUCCGGGAGAGGCUUGUUACAGAAGAAACUAGACGACAAUCUGCAGUUGAAGUUAAUACAGGAAAAUAUGAUGAACGCGAGUGUCUAGCAAAUGCCAUACAGUUUCACAUUGAAGAUCUGAUUGACGGAGUUAUUUUCCGAGACAGCGAACUGCCUGACUGUCUUUUAGCUGAUGGUUGUCUCACAGAAGACGAAUGUUCAUCGGUUAGAAGAAUUCGAGAUAGAAAAGAUCAGAUCAGAAUUCUUGUAAGCUUAAUUAAUGGGAGAGAUGUGUAUGUGCUAAGAAGAUUUCUUAAACUAAUAAAGGGACACAAUCAACAUGUUGCUGUUAAAAUACAAGAGAAGUUUGAAGAUAAUAAGCGCAAAGGUUUAGGACAAAAACUAUGUUUCCUGUGCCAGCUCAAAAAUAACUUCAAUGUCAAACAUUUAGCAGAUUCUCUGUGGGCAGUACAAGUAAUUGAUAAAGGCGUUUAUAAUACAAUUAUCUUUUCUGAUUUACCGACAGGAGCACAAGAAACAUUAUGGUGUAAAGUAUUUCACUCUCUGAACUACUUUGACCGUCAGCAAGCUGAGUUAGCCCAUCAAAAGAUUAUAAAAGCAUUGACGAGGCAAAACCUGUUUACAUAUCUAGCUGAUGGAAUAAACGAUAUGCUAGUUAAGAAUCAUGGAAGGUUAAGUUGUUCUUGUGAACAAAAAUCAUUAUUACGGCGGAGACAUAAUGUUUUAGAAGAAUCAACAUCUGACGAAUCAAUUCUUCCUCGGUCAAGUUCGGACGGAACAGCAAAUGAUAUAGCAAGUACUAAUAGUACUGAUGAUAGAACUAUUCCUAAAACUGCAUAUAGGAAACCGGAUAAUAUGACAGAAGAACGUCCGCUAUUUCCUACAAGCCUUCUUCAAAGUGCCAACAAACAACAUGAUGUUGGGGACAGUAUACCUGAAUCUGUUACAGGUGAAAGUUUAUUGGAAUUUAACUCACAAACAUUUCCUAAAACAAGAAAUUUGACUGAUUUUUUACCUCAAAGCAAGAAACCACCAAUACUGUAGAUGAUUAUAUGACAACUGCACAUAAAUAAUGUUGCUGAAAAGGGUGUGGCUCGUACUUUAUAUAGUGUAACAGUCUUUUUGCAUUUUUAUGUAAAAACUUUCAAUAUACGAUUACAAAAGACGGCUAUGAGAGCGUAAAUUGCGUGACAUCCGGGUGUAAAUUUUAUAACGUAAUUGGUUUGAACAAAACAAGACAGAGUGCUAAACAAGAUAACCAAAAUACCUUUUAACAAACAUUUUAAAGAUCGUCAAAAAGAACUGUAAACCGCAAAAUAUUCAUUAUUUUAGAGAUACUGAAAACGAGUUUGAAUUAAAUAGAUUUGUCAAUAUAAGCUGAUGAGGGAAAGUAAAUGGAUUUAUACUACGUCGGCUAUCCUAAA